GCUGAGUAGCGGCCGCAAGAUGCUGUUCGCUUCAAUCGCCGCCACCGCGGUGAUGCUGGCGCUAGUCCAGGGACAGGCUAUCGAUUUCAGCUUUGCGGGUACCUGUGCGAGUCGGGACUUUGGUUUUGGAACGUGCGUGACACCUGACAAGUGCCGACAAGCCAACGCGGAGCGGACGCGGAACUGCGACGGACAGGUUUGCUGCCCCCGCAACCAGCUGAUUCUGACAACCACCGCGGCCCCGGACGCGUCGGAGACUUUCCAGCAGCUGGUGCAAGAAUGCGGCCGAGUGCAGCCCGGCGGGGUCAUCUUCAGCAGGUCCAUCCGCAGCGUUCGGCGGAUGCAACCGGUCAUAGAAGCUGCGCCAGAUUUCCCCAUCAUGCCAGUGGUCGGCGGUGUGCCAGCCACUCCGAGCAAGUGGCCGUGGAUGGCGCUGCUCGGCGAGCGGAAGGAAGGCGAAACGCGCUGGACCUGUGGCGGCACGCUCAUCGCCCCCAGCACGGUGCUGACGGCGGCGCACUGCGUCAACGGCCGACAGCCGCCCCAGCUGGUCGUGCGGCUGGGCGAGUACAACAUCUCGCACACCCGAGACGGCCGCCACCAGGACCUCGGCGUGUCCCGUGUCGUGCUCCACCCCCUACCGGCCGUGCCAGAGGCGCUGCAGGAGGUGCGUCUGCAGGUGGUGGACCCGGCGCAGUGCGAGCGCAACUACCGCGAGGCGCCGUCUUUCGAUACCUUGUUCCCCGGCGGUUUCCAGGGCACCAAGGUAUGCGCCAACGGCCGCGACGGCACGUCCAAGGACGCUUGUCAAGGCGACUCUGGCGGCCCUCUGGUGAUCCAGGGCGCCGACGAUCGUUACCAGGUGAUCGGUGUCGUCUCCACCGGCCUGGGCUGCGGAAACCCAAAGUAUCCGGGCAUCUACACCAAGGUGUCCAAGUACAUCCCCUGGAUCGUGGACAACAGCCAGCGGCAGUGA